AUGAAAAACUUAGUUACAUCAUUUGGAGCAACAGACAACAGGAAGAGUAAAGCUAAGAUAGAUUAAUCUGAGAGAAAGUCCAAGAGAGUUAAAGAUAGUCUUGUGUCUACUAAGUCCAAAGGAGUAAGGAAGAAUCACACUGACUAGAAUACACCUUUUCAAAGUAAACAAAAGCAGAGGAGAGUUACAAAGAAGAAACCUGAGAUAGAUUAAGCAGCUCAUCCUAUUUAUCACGAUGGCUAGGAAUAUUAAAGCCAAAAAAUAGAUAAGGAGCUAUAAGAUAGAGUUUACUAUGCAUAAAUAGCAAAUUCUCAAAGGAAUUACACAAUACCUCCAAGUUAAACUCAAGAAAACAAGAGGACUGAUGACAGUUUGGAAUUGCCUGAUAGCAACAAUAGAGAAUAGAACAAAAGUGUGCUUUUAGUUACCACACAGUAAUAAAUGAAGUAAGAAGAAAAUAAAUUUGACAAGAAUCCUCUGGAAAGACAAGAUAAGCAUUCAAUGAGAGAAUCUAGAACUCCAACAAUAGUUGGAAAUUUCACUCACACCAAUAAGCAAAUAGUGCUCUCUCAUAGGCAACCGACAUCUUAAAACUUGAGUUAUGAAGAAUCUCCUUACCCCAACAAGGAUGAGAGAGUUUUAAAAGACAAUCAAAUUCCCAUUAGCAAGUAGAUUGAAAAAUCAGCUAAGAACAGCACAGAUACUAACAGUUUUGAGAACUCAAUUGAUAAGGAGUUUCAUUUAUCUCAAACUUCUUAAUCAUGUGGUAGCAAUGUUGUAAUACCAUAAAUCUGUCCAUUUGUGCUUGACUCAGUAAAUUAAAUCAACUUAGGGAAAAAUAAUCCGCUGAUUAUGAAAGAAAUUCAGAGUAUAAGAGUUAAUUGCAUGUCUAGUCUAAGAAAUCUAAGCAAGUAAUACACAGAGAUUUAGGCAACUAUGAAUAAAGCUGAUUCAUUCAUUCAGAUGAUUUUAGACGACGAUACACUAAGAGAACUAUCAGACAAAAAUGUAGAUUUUAUUAAGAGAAAAGAGCUAGCAUUCAAGGAAAUCCACAAUCAAGUUACUAGAGGGCUUACUUAAACACUUUAAGAGUACUAAAAGGAGAGUAAUAAGAUGAUUGGAAGAACCCAAUAAUCACUUGCUAAGGUAUUUUAGUGUCGCCUUGACAUUUUUAAGAAGAAAAUAGCAUUCAAAGAAAUAGAGUAUUUGGAAUCAUUUGAAGAAUUAUCUCAGCACUUGGACAAAUUGGAAGAAAUGAAUAUUAUGAAUAAAAGGUUGAGAUAAAUAGUCCAAAACCAAAUGAAUGAGUUUUUAAAUGAAAAUAAUAGCACAAUGCUUUUGCUAGAAGUAUACUCAAAUGAAUUAUUCAAGCUGAAAGUUGAAAUAUCAUAUAAUAAUUCUGCUAAGAUUAAAGCUAAGCUUUUGAUUUAGUGA